AUGGGAAAGAGAGUACUAUUCGUUCUUGUAGCAGUGGCCCUUGUUAUGGUGCCAAAAAAUGUGAGUGCUCAAAACUGUGGGUGUGCUGAAGGGUUAUGUUGCAGCCAACAUGGAUACUGUGGUACUGGUGAAGCAUACUGUGGCACAGGGUGCCAACAGGGACCUUGUACUACAACAAGUUCACCUCCCAACGAUGUUAAUGUUGCUAACAUUGUCACAGCAGAAUUUUUCAAUGGCAUAAUUGAUCAAGCUGAUUCUGGUUGUGCUGGCAAGAGCUUUUACACGCGAGAUACUUUCCUCAGUGCUCUCAAUUCCUACAAUGAAUUCGGUAGAGUUGGUUCCGAGGAUGACUCCAAACGCGAGAUUGCAGCUGCUUUUGCUCAUUUCACACAUGAAACUGGACAUUUUUGUUACAUUGAAGAGAUCGACGGUGCAAGCAAGGACUACUGCGACGAGGAAACGAUUGCACAGUAUCCAUGCUCUUCUAGCAAAGGCUACCACGGUCGUGGUCCCAUCCAAUUGUCAUGGAACUUCAACUAUGGACCAGCAGGACAGGACAACAAUUUCGAUGGAUUGAAGGCGCCAGAAACAGUGUCGAAUGAUGCUGUGGUGUCUUUCAAGACAGCAUUGUGGUACUGGAUGAAGCACGUGCGCCCUGUCAUCAACCAGGGCUUUGGUGCAACCAUCAGAGCCAUUAAUGGUCAACUUGAGUGUGAUGGUGCCAACCCCUCCACUGUUCAAGCUCGUGUUAAUUACUACACUGAAUACUGCACACAAUUGGGUGUUGCCACUGGUGAUAAUCUUACAUGCUAA